GAUUUACGUAAUUCAUAAUUACAGUAUAUUGUAUAUACAUAAUCGCUGUUGGUGAUUUCCAGUGGAUUUAACCUUUCUUCAUGUUAAGGAAGCUGUCUGAGAAGAGAAUGCCUUCAGUAGUGCACAAAUUACUAGAACCACUAGCUUGGUUGCAAGGAACAUGGAGAACGGAAGAUCCUGCUAGUGGUUCAUAUCCAACUAUUAAAGAUUUCAACUAUUGCGAGGAGAUAAGCUUUGUAUCAAUAGGACAACCUAUGUUUAAUUACACUUCACGAAGUUGGCAUCCGGAAACAAAAAGGCCUAUGCAUCUAGAAACAGGUUUUUUGAAGGUGUAUGAAAAGAUUAACAAUGAAGAUUCCACGAAAGUAGAAUUUAUCUUGGCACAUAAUUUUGGACUAUCUACUAUUGAACAAGGUUACAUAAGCGAGAAGUCAAUUUACUUAAAGACUAAUGGUAUAUUGAAAAGUGAAAGAUCAAAAUCACCUCACGUGACAGAAAUAACCAGAGAGUACAGAUUGCUGGACGAUAAUCAUUUGGAACAGGUGAUUCACAUGGCUACGACAAAUACUCCAACUCUACAUAAACACUUGCUGGCAAAGUAUGUAAAAGUGAGUGAGGAAACAUAAAAGAUGCGGAGAAGUGGUCAAGUUUUGCGAUGUAUAUUAUUAUAUUUGUUUUCUAUUAUACAAACUGUAUAAACUUUGUCGGUAUCGCAUAUAUGGGAAUAAAUUCUAAAGAAACGGAA